GAAAAAGGAAGUGAAAUGCUGCCAGGUUUACCCGCGAUCCCAAAAUUUGCCAGCGCAUACCUGCCACUCAAUCUCACUAUUGCCUAACAUCCAAACAAGAAAAAGAGCGCAAAUCAUCCCUGUCACAACUCCUCCAACAAGCUUGUUGCCUCCUUUCAAAGGAGUCACUCACCAUCCCGAUGUCAGUCGCCAUAGGCGCACAUGCGUCCGCGGACCUACCCGCAAAGGUCGUUUCUGAAUGGAACGGAAGGAGGCUAGGUUUUCUCGCAGUCUGCUGUUUUUCGGCGAUAACGUGUAUAACAUGCGCUGUGGUGGAAGAAACGCUCAGUGCUGUGCUAGCGUACAUUCCCUUAGUUACCUUACCCAAGGAGGAAACGCUUAGUGCUGUGCUUGCGUAUAUUUACCCAACGCUUCGUGCUGUGUUAGCGUAUUUUUGCCGAUGAAGAUCGUACUAAAAGAACAUUUUUCUCAAGAACAUGCUGAUCAAUCCAACGGAUCCAGGUUCGCACUAGGGAUAAUGUCGUUUUUCGAACUGCAGAGUUCAAGAGAAGGACCAAGAAAACGGGACGACCUUGAGACAGUAGCGAAGCAAGAGGGCGUUGAUCUCGACAGCUGGCUCUCCAAUCCUGAGUCACAUACGGCUUCCAAAGUCCUCAUAAAAUCACUCGUCAAAGAAUAUCUUAGGGUACAACUACUCAUUUACGUUUGGUUCUUUAUACGCAUUGUGUAGAAAAUGAAACAACUUCCUCCGGAAAGGAACACAAAGGGAUGUAAUCAAUGUAUUUGAACGAACAAGUAGUUGUAGCGGAGUCGAAAGUCUUCCCCCUCAAAUCAAAGGUAGUAGGCCUCUUAGCGAAGUAUGAGUCGGGCCACGAGCUUCCACCAGACAUGCCGCUCUCCAAUGACGAUAUUGCAAUAAAUAUCGAGCAGGAGGAUGUAGAACCAGUCGUAGAAGCGGGAAGCGUUCCGGGAAUGAGUACUUGUGAGUUACAAUUACUUGACUUGCUCAUGGAACUAGGUACUGAAAUAAUUGACUUGCUGAUGGAACUGAGUACUGAAAUAACAAGAGUUUGAUCAGCUUACUGUAGGACGAUCAUCAUCCCUCCAGGUCGAAAAAAUUCGAAGUCGGAGACUGAUAGCGGGAGUGCAGAACUAAUGCAAUUUGCGAGGCAAGGGUCUAUGGAGAGUGCUGAGGAAGACGACGGCGAUGAGAAAAAACUCAAAAAGAAAAAAGAGAAGAAAGAGAAAGGUAUAAUUGAAGAUGUCUAGUUAAUGUAGUUGGAGGUGGCGUGAAGACUAGGUUUAGGUGGUUGUCGUGAUUACUUUUUUUAAAAUUUUUUUCGGAUAUUUGAUUGAAUCGUCAAGAACUUGGUUCUCACGCCUCUUCAAGUCGUUCAUUUCAGAAUGAAACACUACCGGUCUACACCAUGAUCAAUCAACUUUCCUCACAAAUAAUGAAUCAGGAGCGGCCGCGGCAGGGGAGAAGGUGAAAAAAGAAAAAAAAAAGAAACGCAUUGACGAAGAAGAUGAUGAAUAAGAGAACGAAGAAUUACCCUUUCCGUCAUGUUCCUUACUAGCAUCAUAGAAAUUGAAGUGAUUUUGCAUAGUUCUUUCGCUUUCCGUCUCAGUUUUUACAUCUGAAAAUUUCAUGCCGAAUCGGUGCAUCAUGUGAGAGGCCCUACACACUUUCACACCCUCUUCCAUCUACACAAAAAUGUACUUGAUUCAUAUUUUCACCAAAGAAUCCCCUACACUUCCUACCAACUAGAUUAACAUUAGUAAUUCCCCAAACUCGACCCUACCAUACCCCAUGUCCCCACUGGUGCCCGCAAGCACGUCAAGUUUGUUUCGAUUGUACCAGCUUUCAUCAGAAAGAAUAGCUGUUGUCUGCAUUAACCUAGAAAUUCAGGUGUGUCAGUCUCUCUAAUGGAAGAAGACUCAUCUUGCACAGCUACUGCUAUUGCACGUUACAACUAGUGACCACCAUUUAACGUAAGCUUAACACUUCCACCACGACACGACUACAUGAAUAAACAGUCAAAUGAUAGUAUUGGGCUCCAAUGCUAAUAUUGCAACACUUGUAAAGACCCAUCACAUCGUUAAAGAUGAGCUUCUUUCCCAAUGCUAGAAACUUUCUUAAAAGCACACUUGAGCAAGAGCAAAAGCGGCCCUGGGAAAACGCCCAGAAGAUAGUUUAAUAAAGGC